UUGACUUAUAUAUGAUUAUAUUUGACUUAUAUGAUUAUAUUUAACAAAUUAAUUUUGAAUUUAUUACCAUAUUUAAUCCACAUUUGGCAAAUUAAAACCAUAUUAACUUUGCAUUUUCUUAGGUCUGUGCGGCUGAUUUUGCAUACUUUAACAAAGCAAGGUCCAGUUUAAUCCAUAUAUAGAUUAAAUAAGAUGGGGUACUUUAAUUUGAUUUAAAUAUGACAUAUUUAAAUUAUAAUUGAUUUGCAUAUUCGAUUCUAAUAAGAUUCUUAAUAAAUUCAUAUAAGCUUUUAAUACGGUUUUAAUACAAUCGUUUUUCGCGGGUAGAUGUAAAGAGCUUAAAGAUCUUGGAGUUGCCGAUGUAGAAGAUCUAGGUAAUAAAUACUUUGUUACUAUAAGUGAUUCGAAAAAUGGACUCGCUCGUCAAUUUGUAAUCGGAGGCCUUUUUUAUGAAAGAGUCAAGAAGUACAUAUCAUUGAAGCCUACUGAUUUUACUACUGAAAGAUUUUUUAUUCAAUACCAUAAGGGUAAAUGCCAGCGCCAAGUAAUCGGAAGAAACACUAUUGGUCUUAUUCCUAAAAAUAUUGCUGAAUAUUUAGAGUUAAAUAAUCCGAAACGAUAUACUGGACACUGCUUCCGACGAACGUCGGCAACACUUUUGUCUAACUCUGGCGCAAACACAACUAUGCUCAAACAGUUGGGAGGGUGGAAAUCGACUGAGAUAGCACAAACAUAUGUUCAAAAUUCCUUAAAGAACAGGCAACAAAUUUUUGACAACAUAACUCAUGCAGCCACAUCCAAUGCUUCCACAUCUAAUGCUCAGUCAAACCCUCAACCAUCGACGAGUAAGAACAGUGCAGCUAGUGCAAUAGGGAUUGAUAGAAAUGAAGCGUCUAUUCCAUUAGAAAUUGGUUAUGAUGAUUUUCAUGAAGAGUUCGAAGUUGAUAAUGACGCUUUAGCAGAGCUAGAGAAAUUGAUUCCACCAGAAGAAUCGAUUUUACCAAAAGAACCUACUUUACCAAAAGAACUGAUUCUACCAGGACAGUCAAAACAGUCACCAACAUUUUUUUAUGCCGGGAGCAAGAGAAAAAUAGUUGUAAAUGCUAAUAGUGAAUCAAUCAAGCCAACGCAUUUCAUGAACAAACCACCGAUCUCUGUUGUUCACUGUCAGAAAGAAAAUAAACCACCAAUAAAAAGAAAUAAAUUUGAAACAACUGAAAGGGAUAACCAGGCAUCAGAUUUAACUUCUACUCAUUCAGCUAAAAUCAAAGAUUCAAGUAUAAAAUAUGAAAAUUGUGUGUUUCAUGGCAAUAUUGUUAAUAAUUUUUAUUACUCGCAAAAUAAUGACCAAGCUUCAUAAAACUAUAAUAAAAGUUCGUUUUACAAAUUAAUAAAAAAUAAGUAUUCCAGAAAAAUAACUACAUUUAUUUAUUUAGAUGUAUUUGAUUUGAAGCCUGCCCCCGACCAGCAGCACUCGCUUCGCUCGUGCAGCAAAUGUCGGGGCAGGCAUCAAUAUCAUUUAACACACGAAUGCAAUUUCAUUCGUACUUUCGGCCUAGUAUUGAGAAAAAUAGUAUACACUACAUGGGCAAAAAGUUGAGAGCCCUGAACUGCGCGCCAUGAUGCC